AUGCUUUAUUUGCUUGAUGGGCAGUACCUGUUUUGGCCUAGCUAUAUUGGUGCAAACAUGUUCAAAGGCUUAAGUCUACAUGAUCAUAUAAACAUAAUUUCUUAUGCAAUGCGCUGUUUUACUCUGAAAAGUAUUUUCUGGUUGAAAUCAAAAGCAGGGAACACUGACGGGGAUGAUGCAAAAACCAUAUAUUCUAUUUGCCCAAGGCUGAAAGCAUUCUCCGACUGGCUUCUGAAAACUAUGGUGGCAGGAAAUUUGGAAGCUGUUUUCCCAGCUGCUACUUGGGAAUAUGCACCAUUAGUUGAAGAAUUGUGGAAAAAUGUAGCCAUUCAGGCCACAUACAAGCGUAGAAGUGAAUUGGAAAUGCUCCCUUGUGUUGCUAGCUAUUUCCUAGAGCGGGUCUUUGAUAUAUUGAGAACAGAUUAUGAACCUUCAGAUGUGGACAUACUAUAUGCUGAAGGUGUUACCUUAUCAAACGGGCUUGCUUGUGUGGACUUCUCAUUCCCUGAGCCAUCACCUGAUGACAAAAAUGACACUGCUGAUCCGCAAGAUUCUCUGCUCAGAUUUCAACUGGUUAGGGUACAAGCCAGAGGCUUUGGAGAAAACUGCAAGUGGCUAGAGAUGUUUGAAGAUGUUAGACUUGUUGUUUUCUGUGUUGCCUUGAGUGACUAUGACCAAUUUGCUAGUGAUGACAAUGGGGAUUUGGUAAACAAGAUGUUACUGAGCAGGAAAUUCUUUGAGAGCAUUGUUACACAUCCAACCUUUGAUCAGAUGGACUUCCUUCUAAUACUGAACAAAUUUGAUUUGUUUGAGGAAAAGAUGGAACGAAUUCCUCUGGCUCGGUGUGAAUGGUUUGAUGAUUUCCAUCCAGUGGUGAGCCGUCAUCGCUCCAACAGCAGUAACAGCAACAGCAACAACAUCAACAGUAGCCCCUCCCUGGGUCAGGUGGCUUUCCAUUAUAUUGCUGUUAAAUUCAAGAGACUCUACUCGGCUCUCACUGGGCAAAAGCUGUUUGUUUCACUGGUGAAGGGUUUGGAGCCCAAGCGUGUUGAUGACACGUUUAAAUAUGCGAGGGAGAUUCUGAAGUGGGACGAAGAGAGACCCAACUUCAGCAUGAGUGAGUACUCAUUAUAUAGCACUGAGGCGAGUUCAUUCUCUCACUGA